CAUUUGGCCAUUUGGCCAUCUGGGGAAUCCGGUGGCUGCAAUGCAUGCACUGCAAUCCCGGGGCUGUGGCACCUCCAUGCAUGGCCUGCGCUUUGAAGCCAGCACCAACCCGUCUUGAUCCCAUCUGAUCUCUCUCCUCUCGGGCUUGCGUGUGUACACCAAAGAGCCGGCGCAGCUCUCUCCCAUCUGCUGCUCAAGUGUCUCCGAUAUGAUGAAAGCUGCCAGAACCAUCCGAGGCGUGGUGUUCGAUAUGGACGGCACCUUGACGAUCCCGUUUCUGAACUUUAAGGAAAUGAGGCGGCGACUGGAUCUGCACGCCUCGGACGAUAUUGUGCACAAACUGAACGAAUGGACGGGCGAGAGGCGGGUAGCGGCCGAACGGAUCAUCCGAGAGAUGGAGGAAGAGGCCCUCGCCAACACCCAGCUCCAGCCCAAUGUCCACAAGCUGCUCGGCGAGCUGCAGUCGCUCCGGAUCCCGCUGGCCAUCCUGACCCGCAAUGCCAUGCCCUCGGUCGCCCACGUCCUCGAGAACCACCUUCCGCAGUAUCGCUUCAGCCCCAUCAUCACCCGCGACUUUGUGCCGACCAAGCCUGCGCCUGAUCCGCUCCUGCACAUCGCCCGGGCCUGGGGCUACGAUCCUCGCGAGCUGAUCAUGGUCGGCGAUGCCAAGGACGAUCUUGCCUGCGGCACCCAGGCCGGCGCCGUUACGGUCCUGCUGAUGAACGAGGCGAACCGGCAUCUGCAGGAGCACGCGACGAUUGCCGUCAGCGACCUGGGCCAAGUGACAACGGCCCUCGUUGAGCGAGACAUUGUGUUGAGCCAAGCGUAAGAGUGAGAGCCGUGUGUCAUUGAAUCAUCACAUGCAGUCUCGUCGAGCGAGCAUGGGAGUUGGCGGAAACGGACGCUGACGAUACUGGCGACACUGUGCAGUCCGCUGUCCAUAUAUCGCGGCUUCACAAACGCAAAGCAAACACCGACACAUGCAGCAUCCACCAACGGCAGACAUUGACGCAGC